AUGGCCCUUCUGCAAGCUCGAGUCAAGAGCAUUCUGUCAGGCGACACCUUGAUCAUCACCAACCAAAAGGGCGCCGAGCGAACGCUGUCGCUAGCCUACAUCAGUGCACCACGGCUGAAGAGAGAAGGCGACGAGCCUUUCGCUUUUCAGUCCCGUGAGUUCAUUCGAGAAUUCGUCCUGGGCAAGGUCGUACAGUUCCAGAUCCUAUAUGCCAUCCCUACCACGAAGCGCGAAUACGGUCGAGUUAUACUGCCCGACGGCAAGGAACUACCCAAUCUGAUCGUGCAGGAAGGCUGGGCCAAAGUGCGGGAAGACGCCGGAAAGAAAGAGGACGAUGAGGAAGCUCUGGCCUACCUCGACAAGCUCAGGUCGUUGGAAAGCGAUGCCAAGUCCCAAGGCAAGGGUCUGUGGGCCAAGGGCGGUCAGAUUGAGAACUCCUCCGAAGUCUCCGAUCCCAACGCUUUCGUGGAGCAACACAAAGGCAAGAAGAUCGAGGCCAUAAUCGAGAGGGUCUUGACUGGAGACCGCCUAAUCGCUCGUCUCCUCGACACACCUACAAAGCAUAUUCAGACCAUGCUUGUCCUGGCCGGAGUACGAGCUCCUGCGACCAAGAGAACGACCCCGGAAGGUAAGGACGUUCCCGCCGAGUCUUACGGUACCGAGGCACACUCCUUCGUGGAGGAGAGACUACACCAGCGCAAAGUAAACGUCGAGCUCCUUGGAGUCACCCCGCAGAAUCAACUUAUCGCAAAUGUACUACAUCCAAAGGGGAACAUUGCCAUGUUCCUCCUCGAGGCCGGCCUUGCCCGGUCCAACGACCAACACGUCACCCUGCUCGGAAAUCAAAUGGCCCAGUUCAGAAAUGCGGAGAACGCUGCAAAGAGUGCAAGAAAGGGAAUCUUCACUGGUACUACAGCCUCGAAAGCUGCCGGUGUCCAGGAGGCGGACUUCACGGUUGUACGUAUCCAGAAUGGUGAGACUGUCUUCAUCCGGACUCGAUCUGGGGAGGAACGAAAAGUCACACUCUCAAGUAUCCGUCAACCUAAAUCGUCCGACCCGAAACAAGCUCCUUUCCAGGCAGAGGCGAAAGAGUUUCUCAGAAAGCGCCUCAUCGGUAAACAUGUCAAAGUGUCCAUUGACGGUAAGAAGCCAGCGUCGGAGGGUUUCGAGGAGCGGGAAGUGGCUACAGUGUCUGUAGGGGGAAAGAAUGUUGCUCUCGCAUUGGUUGAAGCCGGCUAUGCCUCAGUCAUCCGACACCGUCGCGACGAUGAUGAUCGGUCGCCAGAUUACGAUGCCUUGCUGCUGGCUGAGGAGUCGGCACAGAAGGACGGCAAGGGCAUGUGGUCGGAAAAGCCUCCCGCCGCAAAGCAAUAUCAGGAUUAUUCGGAAAGUCUGCAGAAGGCCAAGAUGGAAGCUUCCGUGCUGCAGAGGCAGAAGAAGGUCCCGGCUAUUGUAGACUUUGUCCGAGCAGGCUCCAGAUUCGUCGUCCUCGUCCCCCGCGAGAACGCCAAAUUGACGUUUGUCCUCUCCGGCAUUCGCACGCCGAAGCCGGCGCGUCAAUCUGGAGAAGCAGCAGAGCCCUUUGGUCAAGAGGCAUAUGACUUCGCCAACAGAAGAUGUAUGCAGCGUGAUGUGGAAAUCGAUGUCGAGGACACAGACAAGGUCGGGGGCUUCAUUGGCACGUUAUACGUCGGCCGAGAAAACUUUGCAAGAGCGCUUCUGGAAGAAGGCCUCGCAGAAGUCCAUGCCAAUUCGGCCGAGAAAAGCGGCCACUCGAACGAGCUCUUCGCAGCGGAGAAAAAGGCAAAGGAGGCUCGCAAGGGUAUGUGGCACGACUGGGACCCUAGCAAAGACGCCGAGGACGAUGGAUUAGCGCCACCUACUAAUGGCAACACGGGCACGAAUGGAGAUGCAGCUGAGCCCGUAUCAAGGAAGAAAGAUUAUCGGGAUGUCGUCGUCACUCACGUCGAUGAGUCCGGCAAGCUGAAGAUCCAACAAGUCGGAGCCGGCACAACCGCGCUGACGGAAUUGAUGAACGCCUUCAAGUCGUUCCAUCUGAACAAGGCCAACGAUCAGCCGCUCGCCGGACCUCCUAAGGUCGGUGACAUUGUCGCCGCCAAAUUCACCGCCGACGACCAGUGGUACCGAGCCCGCGUGCGCCGAGUUGAUCGCGACGGAAAGAAAGCCGAUCUGACGUACCUCGACUACGGCAACUCGGAGACCGUCCCCUGGACACGCCUACGAUCCCUAACACAGCCGCAGUUCUCGACGCAGAAGCUGAAACCCCAGGCAACGGACGCUAUGCUUUCCUACCUCCAGCUCCCGACGUCGGAGCAGUACCUCCGCGACACGGUCGACUUCCUAAUGGAACAGACGGACGGGCGCGAACUCGUUGCGAAUGUCGACUACGUGGCCCCGGAGGGAACAUUGCACCUCACGCUGCUCGAUCCCAAAGUGUCAAGUAAGAUUGAGGAGAGUAUCAAUGCAGAAGUCCUCCGUGAGGGAUUGGCCAUGGUGCCGACCAAGCUGAAACCGUGGGAGAGGCAGGCCGGGGACACAUUGGCCAAGUUCAAAGAACUGCAGGAAGAGGCCAAGAAGGAGCGGCGCGGCAUGUGGGAGUACGGUGACUUGACGGAGGAUUAG